AUGUUCCAGCAAGGGGAGAUGCAUAACAAACCAUCAGGAUUCUGGGGAAUGAUAAAGAGUGUUACCACUUCAGUACCAGGAAGUGAAAAUCGUACUCUUAUUCAACAGGAAGUGGAUGCUUUGGAAGAACUAAGCAGGCAGCUUUUUCUGGGAACGUCUGAUCUCUGUGCUACCAAGGAGAGAAUAGAAUACUCCAAAACUUUCAAGGGGAAAUAUUUUAAUUUUCUGGGUUACUUUUUCUCUAUUUACUGUGUUUGGAAAAUUUUCAUGGCAACCAUUAAUAUCAUUUUUGACCAAGUUGGGAAAACGGAUCCAGUCACAAGAGGCAUUGAGAUCACUGUGAAUUAUCUGGGGAUCCAAUUUGAUGUGAAGUCCUGGUCCCAACACAUUUCCUUCAUUCUGAUUGGAAUAAUCUUUGUCACGUCUAUUAGAGGAGUGCUGAUCACUCUUACCAAGCUCUUCUAUGCCAUAUCCCACAGUGAGUCCUCCAAUGUCAUUGUCCUGCUAUUAGCACAGAUCAUGGGCAUGUACUUUGUCUCCUCUGUGCUGCUGAUCCGAAUGAGCAUGCCUCUGGAGCACCGCACCAUAGUCACCGAAGUCCUUGGAGAGCUGCAGUUCAACUUCUGUCACCGUUGGUUUGGUGUCGUCUUCCUGGUCAGUGCUCUCUCCAGCAUACUCUUCCUCUAUUUGGCCCAUAGACAGGCACCAGAGAAGCAUAUGGCACCUUGA